CGUCUUCCCGUCGGCAGUCUCCCAAGCCCUUAGCUCACUGUAAACCAGCAACGACUCUCAAUCGCUCUUGGCUACUCGCCGUCCCUCUCAUUUCCAUCCGACUCGCCUCCAUUCCCCUCCUCGUCCUCAUCAUCGAGGUAAUCAAUCCUUUUCUGCCAAAUUACCGGUCUUGGAAGCCUUCUCCUGAACUGAUAUCUAUGCUUGUGAGCUUGUAUGAAAUGGGUUUUCUUGCUUUAACUUUGUGUAGAGUAGUCAACAUGAUGGAGCAGGUCUGCGAGUACAGUGGUGAUAGAAUCACCGACCUUCCUGCCGAUGUGAUACAGCGCAUUCUCGUGUUCUUGCCCAUUAAAGAUGCCGCCAAAACUAGUAUCUUGUCAAGAAAAUGGAGGCAUCAGUGGAGAGGUAUCAAAGAGUUGGUGCUUCAGCUGUCCACUGAACUUUAUAAGGUGCAUUCUUCCCUAUUUUCUGCUCUUCACCUGGAAACCCUGGAACUUGGGUGUUGUGAAAUUACACCACCAUCUUGGUCUGUUGGGUUUAGUAAGCUUACCAAUCUUCAAUUGGUAGGUGUUACAUUGCCCUAUGAUUUUUUCGAGAAUUUCCUUCCCAAGUGCCCGAUGCUUGAACAUCUGGUAGUUGUGUGUUGUGACGGUCCUGCUGGUGAGCUUCAAAUCAUGGCUCCAUAUCUCAAGGACUUCAUUUUUGUGGGGUCCAAGGAUGUCUUCAUCAAGUGUAGUACACUUCCACUACUUGUCUCAUUGUAUCCACUUGAUACUGGCAAUCCCUCAAUGAUAUCUUGGUUUGCUUCUCCCUCAACUCACCGUGAGCUCCAAGAUUCUUUCCUCGAAGAAUGUCUUUUUCCAGGUGAUGAUCCAUUUUCAAAGGCAGAAGUCCUCAACAUGAAUCAUCUUGUCUUUGAUAGUUGGGAGAUGGAACACAGUAUUGUUCUAGCGAUCAUGACGCUCCCCAACUUGCGUAGGCUCGCCAUUAAGCUGGAGACUAGCCAACUACAUGAUGAUCAGCCCACAAAUGAUCGGGUUAACAGCAUACAGAGGGUGCUGGAAGCAGAGAACUGCACUGAUGUCCUUCAGCAUCUUAGUGAGUUAAGGAUUGAGGAUAGCCUCUGUGGUCCGCUUGAGCUGGACCUUGUGACUUUCGUACUAGUCACUGCCCCAAGACUUCGGUUGAUUCACAUUACGCCUUUUUAUCAGUUGAGCUCCAAGAAGGUUAUCAAAUUCAAGAAAGAGGUGAUGAAAUGUAGGCGUGUCUCUAAAAAGGCAGAGGUUAUAUAUGAUUGGAAUGAUGCGGAGGAGGAUUGACAGUGACAACCUUUCCAGCUUUACCUGUGCUGCUGCCCUCGUGAUCAUCUCCCCUCGAACUACUUCUUACUUUCACCAUUGUAAUGCUGGUUGAGACUUGAGAGAUGUGGUUAUGUCUGAUUUAGCAUAGUUUAGAUAUUCCAGAGUCUGUUUUCCCAUUGUUGCGAAUACAAAUUUGGACAAUAGCGUUAUUCUGCUAACCCUUUAAGUGGUUAGUAGAUACUAACACGGUGGGAUCCUCGUCCAUGUCGUCGACCCACAAUCGGAGGGAGUGGGCUUACCGGUGCCGUCGUGUGAGGGGAAGAGUAGACAGGCCCAAGUCGAGCCAUUUUUUGGGAGAAGUGGGCCCACAGUUAAGAAAAACCCAAAAUUUCA